AUGAGGGAUGUUGCAGAUACAUACAGAUGCGUAGGUGGACUGAACAACAGAGUCGCCGCUAGGAAUGCCUCCCUCAACGAAGCCCUCGGAGAUGUUUCGCGAAAUGUCGCAACAAAAAUAAAGCAGGAGCUGACGGCAGAACUAAUGGAUGAAGCAGAUUAUCACGAACACACCGCAAACGACAUAGAGCAAGUAAAGCGGCGUGAGAGUGAGCGGCACCAGAUGGUCAUGGAACAAAUGAAGCAAGGCGCGAAUACUGCUGUGUCAUCUCUCGAGAAUAAUAUCGAACAGGUAGAGAAAGAAGAACAAGAGGCAGAGGAGUUAGAGAAAGAAGAAAAGCUGCUUAGAGGCAUAUCAAGCCACCAGGCUGAGUCUAAGCCCAUUACUCGCCCUUCCAGUGACAUCGCAGACGGGGUGCGUACUGUGGACCAGGAUCAGCUUGUUGCUCAAGGAGGAGAGGAAGUGCUUAAGAAAGAGAAGAAAUCUAUUGAAGGCUGUAUCUCGGGGGAAACGUCGUUUCUACGAAAAAGCAAAUUUCGUACUCAUGCACUUGAGGUGGCGUAG